UAUCCUUCACUCCACUGCCCUGUUUGUUUUCACUCUCAGAGCACACAGACUCAAGUGUGCGCCAGAAACCAGAAUCUCCACCCUCAAACCCAGAGAGAUUUGGAGAGAGAGAGAGAGAGCGGGUGUGAUUCAUCCAUGCAUUAAUGGCUCUCAGUUGCAAAGCGUGAUUGCCCUUUCCCUCCCUUUUCUCCUCAUUUCCUUCUCCCGCAGACACAUUCUUUAACAGCAGCAGAAUCACAAUUAAAACCCACCCUCUUCUGUGACCCUGAUACCUUAUUUUCCUUUUCUUUUCAAUAUUUUUUUUUUUCUUUCUAUCUAAAGAGCUGCACAUACAUAGAGAGAGACGUCGAUAUAGAGGAAUGGAGCUCAGCAAGGUAACGCUGGAGAUCUUCUCCAAGCUGGAGCAGAAAUGGCUCUCUCACUGCGAGCACACCAAGAAGACUCGUAUUCUUAGCAUCGACGGCGGUGGAACUACUGGCAUUGUCUCCGGUGCAUCCCUUAUUCGCCUCGAGGAUCAGAUCCGCCUCAACACCGGCGAUCCUCAAGCCCGAAUCGCAGAUUUUUUCGACCUCAUUGCCGGUACUGGCAUCGGCGCCCUCCUCGCUGCCAUGCUUUCCGCCGACGACGGUACCGGCCGCCCUCUGUUUUCCGCCAGAGACGCCGUUAACCUGAUCUCUGCCAGAAACUCUGAACUCUUCAAACUCAGGCUUGCGGGAUUAUUCCGCCGGCGCCGGAGAUACUCCGGUAAGAGCAUGGACAAGGUGCUCAAGGAAGUGUUCAAGAGAGAAGACGGCACGGUCUUGACCUUGAAGGACACGUGUAAGCCUAUCCUCAUUCCUUGCUUCGACCUCAAGAGCUCGGCACCCUUCGUUUUCUCCAGAGCCGACGCGUCCGAGUCGCAGAGCUUCAACUUUGAGCUCUGGAAGGUGUGCCGUGCCACAUCAGCCACACCGAGCCUCUUCAAACCGUUUAAUCUGACAUCCGUUGACGGAAAGACUUCAUGCUCCGCCGUAGACGGCGGCCUCGUGAUGAACAACCCGACGGCAGCGGCCGUCACCCACGUGCUCCACAACAAGCGCGACUUCCCUUCCGUAAACGGCGUCGAGGAUCUGUUGGUCCUUUCGCUAGGUAACGGCCCGUCGAGUGGUGCUGGCUGUGGACAGAAAGUAGUCCGUUAUAACGGUGAGUGCUCGACGUCUUCGGUGGUUGACAUUGUGCUUGAUGGAGUUUCCGAGACAAUUGACCAGAUGUUGGGGAACGCCUUCUGCUGGAAUAGUACGGACUACGUGAGAAUUCAGGCGAACGGUUUGUUAAGGGAAGAAGUGAUGGGUCCGAGAAUGGAGGAGCAGGAGGAGGUGCUGAAAGAGAAGGGGGUGGAAUCGUUACCGUUUGGCGGGAAGCGGUUGCUGACGGAGACUAACGGGCAGAGGAUCGAGAACUUGGUACAACGGCUUGUUGCAUCGCGAAAGAACAGCAUUCCGCCCAGUCCCUGCAAGGAAUCCGCCGUUAGCCCCCUCGCUACUGGCCGUUAGUUAGGUUGUUUUUUCUUUUUCUUUUUUUUUGGUUCUCUAUUUAUUUUUAUUUUUUUGUUUUUGUUUUUCUGUGUUUUGUUAGAGACAUUGGAACCAACCUCAGGUUCAGUCAAUGUUUCGGAGUGAAAUAGCAGUUAAUAAUAACCUUUUCAGUUUAUUUUCUCUAUGGCU